AUGAAGUACUUUACAAUUGCAACUGUAUUAACCUUGGCAUCAUCUGCUUUAGCUGCUAUCAGAGAUGUUCAAUUGUUUGCUCAAUCUUCAAAUGAAGAAAUUAACAAUCUUGGUCUUAUUUCUAGACGUGAAGGUGCUGGUGUCAACUACUUGUUUUUAGCUAGUGGUGCUGAAACUUUGAAAUUUGAUGAUGAAACUUUUACAAUUUUCAGUGAAUUGCAAACAGGUUCAACUACUGCUAGACAACUGUUGGUUGUUUCUGGUGGUGUUGUUCAAUUGAGUGUUAGUGGUCAACCACUUCAUGUUGAAAUCGCCGAAGAUGGAAGUGUUAAGUUUGCUGGUUCUGAUUCUGUUGCUGCUGCCAAAAAUAUCAAUGACCCAUACAAUUAUUCUAAGGAUUCAUUUGCUGUUGUUACUAAUGGUGGUGAAGGCUCAAUUCCAUUUAAGAUUAUUGCCAAGUUUAUUGGUGGUGGAAAAUCUUCAUCUGUUACAAAACAUACUGAAGCUCCAACUACUUCUCCAGUUUAUUCAAACAAGACAGUUACUGUUUUCACUACUUACUGUCCAGAAUCUACUACAAUUACUUUAACUAUUUGUUCAGAAGUUUGUACACCUACUGUGAUUGAAACUUCUGGUUCAGUUACUGUUUCAUCUGUUUUACCUUCUUCUAGUACUGAAGCUCCACCAAAGACUUCUGUUGCUGCUCCAUCUACAACUGCUGAGGCUCAAACUACUGCUCCUGUCACUUCUUAUGAAGGUGGCGCUAAUGAAAUUGUUGGUGGUGGUUCAAUGGCUAUUGCUCUUGCUGCUGCUGCUAUUGGUUUAGUUAUCUAA